AUGGUUGAACAAGCAUUAAAUCCUUGUCUAACAAACAUUGAGAUCCGGUCCAAAAUCAGAACAAACAGAUGCCGCCUCUGGAGCAAGCACUUCAGCUCCAGCAGCCUCUGGCUCAACCACUCCAGCUCCUGCAGGCUCUGGCGCAACCACUCCAGCUCCUGCAGCCUCUGGCGCAACCACUCCAGCUCCUGCAGCCUCUGGCGCAACCACUCCAGUUCCAGCAGCCUCUGGCGCAACCACUCCAGCUCCUGCAGCCUCUGGCGCAACCACUUCAGUUCCAGCAGCCUCUGGCGCAACCACUCCAGCUCCUGCAGCCUCUGGCGCAACCACUCCAGCUCCUGCAGCCUCUGGCGCAACCACUCCAGCCCCAGCAGCCUCUGGCGCAACCACUCCAGCUCCUGCAGCCUCUGGCGCAACCACUCCAGCUCCUGCAGCCUCUGGCGCAACCACUCCAGCUCCUGCAGCCUCUGGCGCAACCACUCCAGCUCCUGCAGCCUCUGGCGCAACCACUCCAGCUCCUGCAGCCUCUGGCGCAACCACUUCAUUCCAGCAGCCUCUGGCGCAACCACUCCAGCUCCUGCAGCCUCUGGCGCAACCACUCCAGCUCCUGCAGCCUCUGGCGCAACCACUCCAGCUCCUGCAGCCUCUGGCGCAACCACUCCAGCUCCUGCAGCCUCUGGCGCAACCACUCCAGCUCCUGCAGCCUCUGGCGCAACCACUCCAGCUCCUGCAGCCUCUGGCGCAACCACUCCAGCUCCUGCAGCCUCUGGCGCAACCACUCCAGCUCCUGCAGCCUCUGGCGCAACCACUUCAGUUCCAGCAGCCUCUGGCGCAACCACUCCAGCCCCAGCAACCUCUGGUGCACCCACAUCACCUCCAGAAACCUCUGGCGCAACCACUUCAGGCUCAGCAACCUCUGGCGCACCCACAUCACCUCCAGAAACCUCUGGCGCAACCACAUCACCUCCAGAAACCUCUGGCGCACCCACAUCACCCCCAGAAACCUCUGGCACAGGCACCUCCUCUUCAGCAACCUCUGGCUCUGCCACACCGGACUCAGCAGCCACUGGAACCAGCACCUCAGCUUCAGGGGGCACUGAAAGCUCCAAUACAGGCACAACAGUCCCCACCCCUGGUGCCAAUGUUACAAUGAGUUCUGGAACCACAGAUUUAACUUUGGCAUCAAAUGCUACCACAGAAAACCCCAAACGGGACGAAGGCCUGCCUGCUUGGGCCAUCAUUCUGAUCAGUGUAUCCGCUGUGUUGGGAACUGUUCUCGUGGUUUUCCUCGGCUUCUUGAUUUGCUACUCCCUAAGGGCAGAGAGCUACAACACUCAAAACCAAACCCUCCCAGUUUACCGAACCCACAGUUUCCUCCAGAGUUUUCGAAAUCGCAGUCGGUGGUGAAGGAAAGGAGAUUCACCCCCAGCCUCUUACAGCAAUAAGCUUCUUUGGAGCAGCUUUGCAGAAUUCGGUCCGCUCCCGAAGCUUUCUUCUCAAGCAUCUAAAGACUCCUCCAGUGGGCAGAAGUGGAAUGCCGCAAACAUUUAGUCCCAAAAUGACUCUAGAAAGGAACCCAGUGAAAUCUAUAGGGAUUAUUUGCCUGUUUUGUUUGUACCUUGUGCAGCAAACUGAGCCCACUUGAUCUCAGAGCCGAGCAUGUUGUUCAGCAGAAAUAAAGAAUAUGGGCAGGAAUGUGGAAGCACAAAGCUGGUGACCUGAGAAUUAGCAGAGCUUAAAUGGAGAACUUGGGAAAGCUGGUUUAAAAUCCUUGCUCGGGCACAGGAAGUAUACUGGCUAAUC